CGCCCGAGUGGCUCCUUCCUUCCUGCUUUACGAGGGACUGUAUUCACCCCAGAUUGCGUGUCUGGUUACCGCAUUCAGCUGUAUAAUUAUAAGAAGCUUGACGCACCUCUGUUGCGGUUUCAGACGUGAUACUGCCAUGGCCGGUGUACAGAAGUUGAUGUGGGUUGCAUUCCUUCUGCAUUCUGGAGCCGCUGCUGUUGGCGGUGAGCGUGGUGAUCUCGACUCUUGUGAACCUUGCACAUGCUCACAUACGCACGUGAACUGUUCCUCACGACACCUAACCACCGUCCCGAAAACCCUGCCUAAAGGAAUCCAAACUCUAGAUCUCGCUCACAACUCAAUUCAUGAGCUGAUAAAGACAUCCUUUGAUUCCUACGGAGACCUUACAGCACUGAAUAUAUCAUACAACAAGCUUAGAUUCCUGGACCGAGAUGUCUUCCAGCACUUGAUACGUCUGCAGACAUUGGACCUUCAACAUAACCAGAUGCCAUUGUCGGAUCGAUCCUAUCCUGUAGGACUCUUCAGGAAUCAGAAGAUGUUACGACAAUUGUUUCUCCAAAGUAACACUGACUGCAACAGCGGCUACAAUUAUCCUGACACCGUGUUCAGUGACCUUACCAACUUAACGGAACUACACAUCGAUGGUUUGCAAAACUUCGUAUUUGGGAAAGGCUUCAAGAAUCUCACAAAACUCACGUCACUACUUCUGGAGGGAACAUGUGAUAUUGGCACAGUCCGAAAUGACAGUUUUACCUACUUGCCGAGUGUGCAAAGUCUUUCUCUUGUGAAUUGUGGAAUCAUCUACGUAGAACACUCUUCGUUCUCGCCCUUAAGCAAUAACAUACGUUAUUUAGAUGUUUCUGACAAUGUGGACCUUGGACUGAUUCGUUUUGGUCAAGCAAUGUAUGGACUUAGAAACAAAACGGUUAGGAUUCUGAAGGCAAAUCGGCUACACAGGCAUCGUGGAACAGGAAUUGCCCUGGAGUGCAAAGACUUUGCUUCUCUUAAAUACAUAACAUUAGAAGAACUGCACAUCGAUGACAAUCGCAUAGAAGUACUUGACAUGGGUAUAACUGGGCUUCUUUCUCAUCUAAAGAGACUUUCAGGAAGAAAGAAUUUAUACUUGUUUGGUCCAUAUGUUCUUACGGGUCAGGCACUGACAAAGAUUGAAUGGGCAGACCUUUCAGGACAAGGAGCUUCAACAGCUGAUCUGUUCCGUCGGAAUGCAAACAACAUGCAUCUACAAAAGUUAAGAACAGAGCCAACUUGUUUUACUUCGGAUGAGAUAGAACAAAUUUCGGGUAUUUCACAUGAAACUGUUGCCCAUGUAGCCAGGAAACGGUGGGAUUCUAUCCCGAAUUUGAUCCAAUCAGGCUGUCUAUUUCAUCUACCUCAGAAGCUUACAUUUGCCAAUUUCAGCAGGUCCAAAUUCAACCUCCAUAUCAGGAACGUACGAUUUUGCAAUUCCAACUUAACUAAACUUGAUCUGUCUCAUAAUCUAUUUACAAAAUGGGAAGGACCAAUUAGAGGUUUUGGAAGCCUUGAAUACUUAGAUCUCUCUCACAAUUUCUGUGACUAUGUAAAUAAUUCACUUUUUAAAAGCGUCAGCAGGCUGAAAACGCUGAAACUGGGGACAAAUUUUCUUGGUUUUCCAAUGAAGGAUCUACAGUUUAACCUUAGUACUUUAGAGCAUCUAGAUUUGACAGAUAACAAAAUCCAGGAUCUGACAAUUUCUAAUUUCAUUUUACUAAGGUCCCUCAAGUAUUUAGACCUUAGUUACAACGAUCUUGUAUCAUGGAAUGCUACCAUUGAAAAUAUGCAUAAUUUAACGACCCUGAAUAUCUCACACAACUUAUUUGUUGACUUUCCAAUAAGUUUGGCAUCGCAAAUUGAUCAGCUGAACAGCAAGCACCUGAGGGUUGAUUUUCAAGGUAAUUCCUUGCAAUGUAACUGUCUCACUUUAAAGUCACUGCAAUGGAUAAAUAAGAAUUCAAAUAGGUUUGUUAACAUGCAAGGUUUGGAAUGCACAUUCAAUGAUAAGAAUAUAAAUCUAACGAACAUUCGUAACAUCGUCCUUCAACUUGAAAAAACAUGUGCUUCAUAUGUAGGAUUAAUGAUAGGAAUCCUCACCAUUGUCAUGUUAGUAAUGGCUCUAUCGAUAGCAGGCGUUUUGUUCAGAUACAGGUGGAAGCUCAGGUAUCUGUACUACGUGAUGAGAAAUCGACAUCGCGGGUACCUCCCCGCUCAGGAUGUCGACCACGAAUUCGAAUUUGAUGCCUUCAUUUCGUAUGCUGAUGAGGACCGCGGAUUCGUUGUAAGGGAAAUGCGGGAGGUGCUUGAAGACCAGGACGACAUGAGUCUGUGUAUCCAUCACAGAGACUUCCUCCCAGGAGAAGCCAUUGCUGCUAACAUCCUGAAAGCCAUCAGUACCAGCAGAAAGACCGUGGUGAUCCUAACCAGGAACUUUCUGAAGAGCCACUGGUGUAGAUACGAACUGGAGAUGGCCAAGAUGGAAAGUAUCUACGCUGGGCGGAACACCUUGUUGAUUGUGUUGAUGGAGGAUAUUCCUGUGAAGGAUCUUCCCGUGGAUAUAGUGGAGGUGAUGAGGAAGGACUCUUAUGUCGAGUUCACAGAUGACACGGAAGGGAGGGAUGUAUUUUGGCAUAGCUUGAAAAGGGGGCUCAGAGCGUGAAGAUUGGUCACUGGAAUACUGAUAGUGCUGGUACAGAAGUGGAGUGCACAUUUUCCAAGACGGUUAAACAAUCAUUGCUCCAAUAUGGUAGUACAAUUCUAUUUUAACGAGAAGGGAUAUUCACGUUUUAUGUAACAUCCUGAUACGAUGCAAUGCAGUGCUUUCGGUGUCAGUAAAUGUAAAAUCAAGA